AUGUGUGGUCAGGUGGUGUCGUCGGUGGGGCAGAAGGGCGGCGAAGCGCCCGAGAGCUACCUGGCACUGUUCGCGUGGCUGGCCCAAGGGUUGGGGGCGUGGCCGCGAGAGGGCGGGCGCCUGCCGCCGGCCAGCCUGGUCAUCGUGCCAGCGCACCUCUUCUUCUUCACGCUUUCGGCCUUCGAGGCGCUGACAGAGACGGCGCAGAACGUGUGCGUGUAUAUGGUGACGUUCCAUAAGUGGCUCGUCAUGUUCUACCACCACAACGACUACCGCAGCCUCAUCCGUCGCCUGGAUAAGAAUUUCGACAUGCCCGAGCAGCGAACAGACCCCGAGUAUUCAGAAAUUAUCUCUCGCUGUGUUAAAGAGUUGCGAACACUAACUGUGGUGUGGACAAUGAUGGUUUUUGUGACUCUAUCAAGCAUGAUGAUAAUUCCUUGGACGACUCAGUUGCUCAGUGGAGGAGGAAAUUCUCCUGAAAACAUGACGCUUUGGAACGAAACUAUACCUCCAGAUUCCGGGAGCUUCCCUUACCGCAACUGGACACCUUUUGACGACUGGCCGCAGCCGUACUACGCGCUGCUGUACCUGUACCACGUGUUCAUGGGCGCGACGCUCAUCUACAUGAUCCCGCUGUACGACCUGCUGUACUUCGCCUUCGUGCACCACGCGUGCGCGCAGUUCGCCGUGCUGCACCGCUCGCUGGAGGGGCUGCGCGCGCGGGCCGAGGCGGCGGGGGCGGCGGGGCCGGCGGCGCGGGAGGCGCACAUGCGGCGAUGCGUGGCCUCGUGCGCCCGCCACCACGACGCGCUGCACACGUUCGUGGAAGGUGUGGAGUCCAUUGUCAACCCUGUGUUUCUCAAUCAAUUUGUUGGUAGCUCCGUGCUAUUCUGCAUGACGGCUUUCCAACUAGCAGUUAACUCUACAGUUGAUAUGAAAAUGAUAACCAUGGGGGCACUACUCGUCUCCGCCGUAUUCGAACUGGGAAUAUUCUGCUUCUUUGGAAACCGUGUCAUGGAUGAUAGUCGUGGAGUGGGGCAAGCAGCAUACAACUCAGAAUGGUACCACGCAUCCCCUGCAACAAAGCGGAGCAUAAGUAUCAUUAUGUUGAGGUCCGUUCGCCCAGCAAAACUCACGUUUGGGAAAUUUGCUCCACUUUCUUUAGAAACUUACGGCUCAAUUCUACAAAUAUCAUACACAUAUUUCACAGUGCUCAAUCGUUUAAAUGAAUAA